GUCACGGGCACAGACACACAUGGGGCGUCUGUAACUUUCAUAACGCCGAUGGGGGUUUCAGGUUGCAGGUCUGGUGGGAGGCGAUGAGGCGCGAGAACACGUUUAAAAGUGUUGCAGAAUUCAGACAGACCCAGCGCUCCUGCAUCCAGCUGCGGGUGGACAUUCACAACGUUUCUUCACGAGGACAAAGUUUUCUUCAGAGGUUGAAGUUUAGCCAUGGCGUUGUCUUCUGCAUUGUGCGUCUUCAGUCUGUUGGUUGUAGUUCAGGCCCAAUCUGAACCCCAGCAACCUAAGAUUGAACUCCGUCUAGCCGGUGAUAAACGCAAGCAUUACGAGGGUCGUCUGGAGGUCUUCUACAACAAUGAAUGGGGAACUGUGUGUGAUGAUGACUUCUCAAUUGAAGCCGCUCAUGUUGCAUGCAGACAGCUUGGGUUCUUGGGCGCUGUCGCUUGGUCUCCGUCUGCAAAGUUUGGACAAGGAGAAGGUCGCAUCUGGCUCGACAAUGUCCACUGCACAGGCAGAGAAAACUCUUUAGCCGCAUGCCCCUCCAAUGGCUUUGGUGUGUCGGACUGCAGGCACAGUGAGGAUGUUGGGGUGAUUUGCAAUCAGAAACGAAUCCCUGGUCACAGGUUCAUCAAUACCAUGAACAACAACAAUGUUGAGACUCUUGAAGAACGAGUUGAGGAAAUCCGAAUAAGACCCAUAUCAUCCCACCUCAAGCGCAUACCCAUUACAGAAGGCUAUGUUGAGGUUAAAGAGCGGGGGAAAUGGAGGCAGAUCUGCGAUGGGGAGUGGACUCCUUUAAACAGCCGAGUCGCCUGUGGAAUGUAUGGUUUCCCUGGAGAAAAGAAAUACAACAACAAAGUCUACAGAUCACUGUCAAUGCGUAAAAAAAAGAACUACUGGGGUUUCUCUGUGAACUGCACUGGAAAUGAAGCCCACAUGUCCAGCUGUAGACUAGGCAAAGCUCUGGAGCCCAAGCGGAACGGCACAUGUGGACGUGGCCUGCCUGUGGUGGUCAGCUGUGUGCCUGGCAGAGCUUUUGCCCCCUCAUCCUCCACCGGCUUUCGCAAAGCCUACAGACCAGAGCAACCGCUGGUGCGUCUACGGGGAGGUGCAAAUGUCGGUGAAGGGAGAGUAGAGGUGCUGAAGAAUGGUGUUUGGGGAACAGUGUGUGAUGAUAACUGGAAUCUGAAGGCUGCAACUGUUGUGUGUCGAGAGCUGGGAUUCGGAAGUGCCAAAGAGGCUCUCACUGGAGCCAAGUCAGGACAAGGAAUGGGUCCGGUCCACAUGAAUGAGGUGGAGUGCUCUGGAUUUGAGAAAUCUCUCACUGACUGCUACUUUAAUAAUGAUGCGCUGGGAUGCAGUCAUGAGGAGGACGCCGCUGUUCGCUGUAAUGUACCUGCUAUGGGCUUUGAGAAAAGGAUACGACUAAGUGGUGGAAGAAACCCAUAUGAAGGACGUGUGGAAGUACUCACUGAGAAGAACGGUUCUCUGGUUUGGGGAACCGUUUGUAGUGAAAACUGGGGUAUUAUAGAGGCUAUGGUGGUCUGCAGACAGCUGGGAUUAGGCUUCGCCAGUCAUGCGUUCCAGGAGACCUGGUACUGGGCUGGAGAUGCGAAUGCAGAUAAUGUUGUGAUGAGUGGAGUCAGAUGCUCAGGAACUGAGAUGAGUCUUCCUCAGUGUCUUCAUCACGGCAAACACAUCAACUGCCCCAAAGGAGGAGGACGCUUCGCCGCUGGAGUGUCCUGCUCUGAUACGGCCCCUGACCUGGUGCUCAACGCUCAGUUGGUGGAGCAGACCACCUAUCUGGAGGACCGGCCCAUGUAUGCUCUUCAGUGCGCUCUAGAAGAGAACUGCCUGUCCAGCACUGCCCGAAAGAAUGACCACAGCUCCUACCGCCGCCUGCUACGCUUUUCUUCACAGAUACACAACGUGGGCCAAUCCGACUUCAGACCAAAACUGGGAUACCACGCCUGGACCUGGCACGAGUGUCACAGGCAUUAUCACAGCAUGGAGGUUUUUACUCAUUAUGACUUGCUGAGCUUGAACGGCACCAAGGUGGCAGAGGGUCACAAGGCCAGUUUCUGUCUAGAGGACACUCAUUGUGAUGAAGGUAUUUCGAAGCGGUACCAUUGUGCUAACUUUGGUGAACAGGGCAUCACUGUUGGCUGCUGGGACACUUACAGACAUGACAUUGAUUGUCAGUGGAUUGAUGUCACAGAUGUCAAACCAGGAGACUACAUUUUCCAGGUGGUAAUCAAUCCAAACUAUGAUGUCGCUGAAUCAGAUUACACCAACAACGUCAUGAAGUGCAAGUGCCGCUAUGAUGGAUACAGGAUAUGGACAUACAGCUGUCAUAUAGGUGGCUCACGAAGUUCAGACAUGGAUGAUUACUCAGGAAUGAGCAACCAGCUGAACCACCUCAGAUAGGAGACAACGAAGGACAGACAAAGGCUCUCUGUGGAGGAUGCUGCAGGAUGUCAUUUAGACCAAUGUUCAAAUAUGAUUGACCACUAGAGAGACUCCAGCACUUCAACAGCAGAUCCACUGCUCUUUAACUGACCUCCGAGUAUAGAAGUAGGUUCUUUCCUGAUCCUCGUGCGCUACAGAAACUAUCUAACUUCCUAAGACGUACUGUAUUUAUUGCAUUUCUGUGCUUGACUCCUAGAUAGUCCAUCCAAAAAUGAAAAAAGUGAGGCAUUGUUUACUCACCUUGGUGUUGUUCUGAUGGAAAAUUAACCGUUGUUGUUAUAUAGUAAAAGUGUGGUAACCAUACAUUUUUGAUGCAGUGAUUUCGUACCUUUGUAAUAUAAUUGUCGCGUAUAAGUGCAAUUUUACUAUUUAACUAUUGCCACCUAAAAAAAAAAUUUUUUGUUUGGUUGUGGAGGUAUUUGUAGUAAAACAAUAGUUAAUUCAUGUAAGGGAUGUCCUUUUUUACCAUAAGAUAUUUAAAGCUCCCAUGAAAUAAAAAUAAAGUGUUUUAGAUGUUAGCAUCAGUAUUGUUAGUUUUUAGGAUAUCUAUUAGCUAGUGUGCUCUAAAACAAGGACAAAAUUCAUGUUUAGAACAUAUAAAACUGAUAUAAACUAAUAUAAAGCUUGUAGUUCGUCAUUUCCGCCUAAAUGGAUCAACGUUUUUUUUUUAUCCAAGUCACCUCAUACUUUAGUUUUUCAUCAAACCACAACCAAUCAAUUGCUCUCUAGUAUCUUACAAGCCCUGCCCCCUGAUGAUUCUCGUUUGCUUUUCAUUUGAUGCACUUGAGCUCAAUUGCUCUCACUGACAGAGCUGUGAUAAAAACAAAACACUAUUGACAGUUUUUUUUUAAAGGGGAGGAGCUACAGUAUGCCCCACCCUCUCUUCGUAUUUUGGUUGAGAUUACGUCAAACGUCGAAUAAAAAUGCAUAUUUCCAAGCACUUCAUGGGACCUUUAAAAAACGUCAAUAUAGCCUAAAUAGUAAUCAGCGAGUAUCUGUAAAUAGAUGACGAUUUCGUUUUUUUUUUUACAAGUAUUAAGUAAAGAUAUUAAACAAUUGUUAGUUAAUUAUUUACGAUUGUUCAUGCAUGUAGAUGCAGACAGCAAACCAACUCAGUUGAUUCUCGUUUACUUGUUUUUUCGAUGUUUUUUGCUAUAUACGUAAAUAUUUUUGUUUAUAUGCUUAAAUUUUCUUAACAUUUUUAUAAUGUUUUGGCAAUUUCUACAUUAGAAUAAUUAACUUGCCAAAACAGAUCACUGUUCUAAUAAUUUACAAAAAUCAUGCUUUUCAUGAUCAUUUGUGAAAAAACAUGAUUUAUGAAAAUAAAACAGUGAUGAACUUAAUUUAACUUGAUGUAUUGUCAUGUAAUUUUGCGACAUCUAAUUUAGAAUUAUGAAAUAAAAAAUUACUUGAUUUACACAGUUUUAUCUAUAUAAUAAUAACCUGCAGGGAAUAUUCAGGCUAGGUUAUUAUUUUUAGGUUGUAGGUUAUCAUGUCUUUAAUAGUUUGGGAAUGUUAUUUCAUGAUUGCAAAAAAAAAAAAAAAAUCAAUAAAUAAGAAAAUGCUCCUUAAAAACAGCCAGUAAAAUAUGUAUAUUAGCAGGAAAUUACAUAGUUGCUGGAUUUUCACUAAAGUUGUAUGGAAAACUGUGAGGAGGAACUCAUAAAGUAUGUAAUUUUUUGGUUUGAAACUCAUUGGAAUAGCACCAGAGUGAAUAAAUAAUGACCGUAUGUUCAAUUCGGGAUGGACAAUCUCUGUAUUAAUGUAGCUACAAGCUAUUCAAAACUUGGAUCUUCUUUUCUUUUUUGUUUCUUAAAAUAAUUUUUCUGCAUUAAUUUAUAUUCCAAACCUUGCAGUUACAUGAACCCAACCCUAUUCUGGCUGUCAGACUCUUUUGUGGUUAAUUCAUCAAGCAUGUCAAGUUAUUUAUUGUGAGUCAGUCAGGGAUUAUGUUUUAUGUCGACUUUUGUGUAUACAAUGUGAAACUGUAAGAAUUUGUUGGUAACUUGUGAAGCAUCUGCCCUCCGUUUUAUGAGGGUACCUAUGACCAGUUCAGUGGUUUUCAGAAAUGUGUUUAUGACUAAACAGCACAUUUGCACAAACCAUUGUAUUGAUUCUGUAAUAAAAACAAUUCUCAUGUAAA